GUUAAGUCAUUUUGUUAUGCCGCAUUAAGAAAUUCUCAGGAGAAGGGCAUCCCCAAAGAGACGACGACGUCAUCGACUCAUCGCACAAACUGCAUUGAUGACUCAUCAUUGUUGUGUUCUUGUUCGUUUGUGAUUUCUUCAGCGCGUUUUAAUAUUUUGAUGUUUAUGUCAUCAAUGAACUGUCAUUUAGAUUGUUAGGAGCUAAAAACUACUACGCAGUGAUAAUAAAUUACGUAAAUUGUGUUUAUGUUGCACUUAGAACUUAAGAGAAAUUAAGGACGUUAUGACGAUGAAGCUGGAAAUGAGUGACAGUCAUUCUAACCAUUCAGACUUUUCAAGUGAUAGUCAAUCAUCCCAAGGAUCAUCAACAAAUGAAUUUAUAUCAUCAGCUCGAUCUUCGAGGUCCCUACUCACGUUGGCAAACCUCGAGGGCCUCCAGUCGGGGGUCCCAACCCGCACCACGGCGACCAUCACACCCACGCAGCUGCGCAACUUCGAGCAGACCUACAUCGAGCUGAACAACUGCCACGGUGACCAGGCGAACCACGCGGGCUUCGUCCCCCCGUCCGUCACGCAGCCCAAUUACGGCAUACUGAAUCCAGUGGGCUACUGUGAUUCGGGUCCGACGACGCUCCAUGUGUCGCCGGGCCCAUUAUCAGCGAGCGGAGACAGCAGCAGUAGUCCGGGACUUCCCGCGCCCAAACGACGCAACAUGGGGGGCAGGAGACCGACAAAAGCCCCACAGGACUUAUCGCCCGAAGAGGAAGAACGCAGAAAGAUACGCCGUGAACGAAACAAAAUGGCCGCCGCUCGAUGCAGAAAACGAAGGCUCGAUCACACAAAUGAACUCCAAGAGGAAACUGACAGGCUGGAAGAGAAAAAGCAAGCGUUACAGGAUGAAAUUAGAAAGCUAAAUUCUGAUAGAGAUCAGUUGCAAGCGAUAUUGCACAACCACUUACCUCUGUGCCGGCUCAACAAGCGGUCGAGCAGUCCGCCCGACGUGAAGCCCUUCCAAGACUCGUACGUGCUUCCCGAAAUACCACAGGACGGCGUCAGAGUGAAGGUCGAAGUUAUGGAUCCCGCGGUCGACCCCGUGCUCGCUUUAGAUAAUGAUAUCUUUACCUCGCCGACACCGGACAAAAGGAUAAUGUUGUCGGCGGCGAACCCGGCGGUGGUGACGAGCGCGGCGGGGCUGUCGCUGGACACGCCGCCCGCGCACGCGCCCGCACGACCCAACAGACCCAACUUCCUGCAAGUGCCGCUCACUGUCACACCCGCACAGAUACACAACAACAAAGCACUAGGGAACAACAAGAUAGCAGGCAUCGAGAUCAGCACACCAAGCAACGGGAUCCCGUUCAACUUCGACAGUCUGAUGGAGGGCGGCACGGGUCUGACGCCGGUACACCCGCACCCGCACCCGUGCGCGCAGCAGACCCGCGCGGCGCCAGACCUCGCGUCUCCCGACCACGGCAGUCUGGUCAGCCUCUGAGACCAGCUAGACGCCGCCUACCGUCUGUUCGACCCGCUCGCAGAUCUAUAGGCGGCCCCGUACAAGGGAACUAGCUGUAGAUGUAUAAUCGUGGAAUGUAACCGCCUGCCGGUGAUUGGGCUUAGCGUUAGCGUCCGGGGGAUACCAAGUAGACUGUAUAUCUGUUCUGGCGCAGAUUUGUAGGCGUGGCCUGGACCUGCCCAAAAUUACUCUUGUUCGGAUUGAUGAUGUAAUUGUUAUCCACAAAUUUAUGUUUUAAAAAAGUUUAGAAUUGAAUUUAUAAGUUUAGAGAACUUAAAGAAAAAUUUCAGCCACUUUAAAAUGACAGUAUCCGCUCUACUAUAGCAUUAAAAAUUCAUUGAUAUCUUAGCGAUGUAUUAGUAUCUCGUAUUAACCAGGCUGAGCCCGGACGCAAGUAGGUAGUGCCUUCGUUGCCGGCGCGUCAAACGCGACCGCACCGAACUUAGUUCGUAAAAGCGACUUAUUUAUUCUCUCCUUUUCUAUCUUUCUAUACUCUCGAACCUCCGUCGAUCGGCCGUCUCUUUCCCUCUAUUUAUUUCGUUUCGAACACUUACGGAGGUGCGAACUUGCUCACUAUUGCUUUUUAUUUAAAAAUUUUUACCCAAGCGGCGCGGCGACGCCCUCUAGAGUCAAUUCGAUGAGCUGUAGUAUAUCCUAUAAUAAGAAUAUUUUUAUACGAUACCUUUGUAUUUCUGCAUUAAUAAUAAUUGUGAUGUAAAAAUAAAACAGAGUUUUAUUUGAAGCAUUUCAGGGAUUCGUUUCGAGUUGUGCUUAAUCUAGCGAGGCUAGAAUAGAUUUAUUGUAUAUUAACGUAAAAGAUCUCUUUUACACCUCUAGGCACAAUAUGUAUCCAAUGAUCCUCGGUCAAUCUUGUCAUAAUAACCUCGUGCCAUUUACUGUCUACUCUCAGGAAUACAAUAAUUAUGAUAACGGAAUUUAGUUAAUCGUAGACUAACAGCAAUAAUACUUAAUAUAUAAUUAAUAUAUUGAAUGUAAGUUAGCUCAAUGUCGAUGUAAUGUCUUACCGUUCCAUUGGAUUAGGUUCUGGUAGUGUUAAAAUUAUUUUUAAGGAAUAUUUGUGAUACGUCCAGUGAGCGCUCCGUGGGGAGGACGGAAUUGUAUUGAGUACCUUUGUGUAGUUCACUCAUGCUUUUGUUAGCUCAAAUUUAUAUCUUAUGAUAAAUAUAAACCCUUUUUAUAAUAAUCGAACAUUUCACUAUGUACAUUUGGUAUAUUAAUAGCUCUUUUUAGCGAAAUUUAGCAUCGGAAAGGCAUGAGUGGUUCGUAAUACUGAAUAAUUAGUUAAGGCAAUAAUUAGGCUAAGGGCACUUAACCGUUUAACUAUACGCAUAACUUAGACCAAAUUAUUAUUUUAUGUGCUUUAUCUUAGAUAUAAUUAAAAUCUAAGCCAAAUAUUGAUUUACGUCGUUAUUUUAGGUUAAGUCAUAACCUCCGUUUCCGAAAAGUAUUAAUUAUUAUAUUAUUGGUUAGAACGCGGAUGACUGCGGAGUAUUUAUUUUAAAUGUAUUUUAAAGCUUAAUUCAAUAUGACUGGUGCGAUUUGCCUUUUAUAUACGACAAUUUAUAUUUUAGCAUACGUUGAAAACAUUUAUGCAUAAUAUGAACAUCUAGAUGUAACGAGAUGUAGUUUUUUAAAAGAUUUUGUAACGCCUUUCUAGAAUACUUUUGUAUUUUUGCAAAUAAAAUAAAAUUGUUAGCGAAGCAAUAUAUUUGAUAAAUCUAUUAUACUUAUUACCGCCAGAUGUAGUAAAAUAUAUAUUAUAUAAAACAGAAAAUAUAGAUUUGUUUACGUACACCCGAAA